AUGGUUCUUCCAACCAAAGUUCUCCUCGCUAUCCUCCCUUUCUUUCUCCAGGUCACAGAGGUUGCGUCCCAGGCUUCUGGGACAGGCAAGACAACCCGAUACUGGGAUUGCUGCAAAGCAUCUUGCGGAUGGACGAAAAAGAUAUCUCUAGCAUCCGGAGCGAAUCCAGUUGCAUCAUGCGAUAAAAGUGACAACCAGCUCUCGAACUACGAUGCGAAGUCGGGAUGUGAUGGUGGGGGACCUGCAUAUAUGUGCUCGAACCAAUCUCCAUGGGCAGUUUCUGACAGUUUGGCAUAUGGAUACGCUGCUGCAACUAUUUCAGGAGGGUCUGAGAGUAGUUGGUGCUGUGCUUGUUAUGAGUUGACCUUCACGAGUGGAGCAGUGUCCGGGAAGAAGAUGGUGGUUCAAGUGACGAACACUGGUGGCGAUUUGGGAUCAAACCAGUUCGAUCUUGCUAUUCCAGGUGGUGGUUUCGGUAUCUUCAACGGCUGCACCGCAGAAUGGGGCACGCCUUCCACAGGAUGGGGGAAACAGUACGGUGGCGUCGACUCGAGAUCCGCAUGUGAUGCUUUCCCAGCUGCUCUCAAGCAGGGUUGUUACUUCCGAUUCGACUGGUUCCAAGGUGCCGACAACCCAGCGAUGACCUUCAAGCAGGUCACUUGUCCAGCUGCGCUCACAUCCAAGAGUGGCUGCGUAAGACAAGGCGAGACACCAUCUGGAGCGGCCAGCAGCCCCACGUGGACGAAGAGUGCUGGUGCUGUCGCAACAGGUGGAAUGGGUGCUGCACCCAGCGCAACGGACAGUGCCGCCGGAACAGAUGCGAGCUCUGGCAGUGACAGUUCUGCCGUGGCA